CUCUAGCAACGACAUCAGCUCAGACAUGACCCUGGUAGAUUACCUUCGGAAUCAUUUAGAGCUGCGUGGAACAAAAUACAUGUGCCGCGAGGGUGGAUGCGGCGCGUGCAUCGUCUCUGCCAUCAAAGCACCAGGAGAGCAGCCCGUUGCUGUUAAUUCUUGUCUGGUCUCGCUCCCUUCGUGCCAAAACUGGGAUAUCACCACCAUAGAGAAAGUCGGUAACCGACUCAAUGGCUACCACAAGAUUCAGAAAGUGCUUGCUGAGAAGAACGGCACUCAGUGUGGCUACUGCACUCCUGGUUGGGUCAUGGCUAUGUAUAAUCUCAUAAAUACCAAAAAAGAUAUUUCAAUGCUCGAUAUCGAAAAAUCUUUUGCGAGUAACAUCUGCCGGUGUACAGGCUACAGGCCAAUCUUGGAUGCGUUUAAAUUGUUUGCCAAAGACUCUCCAUCUUGCAGCAAAAUUACCGACAUCGAAAAUCUUACUUUAUGCAAAAACAAUAACAAAUCAUGCACCAAGAAAUGUAACGAUAAAGUUUGGUGCCAUAUCACCAAAGACGAUGCUUUACCAGUGGGUAAAGUUGAAAAAGCCCUUAAAGAUGGAAAAAUAUGGUACACAGUAGAAAAAGUUGGAGAUAUUUUUGAAAUCUUGGACGUAGAAGGAAAUGAGUCUUAUAUGCUAGUUGCAGGAAAUACUGCUAAAGGAGUAUACCCGAUUGAGGACUAUCCGCAUAUUUUAAUAGAUAUCAAUAAAGUGAAAGAGCUAAAAGGUUACAUGAUGGAUCAGAACCUCAUCAUUGGUGCUGCUACAACUCUCAAUGAAAUGAUAAACAUCUUUCAGAAUGUUUCUAAGGAAGAAUAUUUUGGUUAUUUACAAAAAUUUGCAGAUCACAUGAAUUUGGUAGCCAAUAUUCCUGUAAAGAAUUUAGGGACAAUUGGAGGCAAUCUCAUGAUAAAGCAUCAACACAAGGAAUUUCCUUCCGACAUUUUCAUUUUACUUGAAACGGUUGGAGCUAUGCUGACCAUUUUGAAUUCUCGUGAGCGCAAAGAGACAUUGACAAUGCAACAAUUUUUGGAAACAGACAUGAAAAAUAAGGUUUUGUACAAUAUAAUGUUACCACCAUUCAAUGAUUCAUAUAAAGUCGUCACUUACAAAAUAAUGCCUCGUGCUCAAAACGCGCAUGCUAUUGUCAAUGCAGGAUUUCUUUACAAAUUGGAAAACGAAGAUGGUAAAGUAAAAGACGCUAGAAUAGUUUACGGUGGUUUAUCUUCGUCGUUCAACAGAGCAAAAGAAACUGAAACUAUGCUGAAAGAGAAGAUGUUAUUUGAAAAUGAAACUUUGCAAUCAGCAAUUAGUUCCUUAGUUAAUGAGUUAGAGGUUGUUGAGAAUCCACCUGAACCAUCGGCUAGUUAUAGAAAACAGUUGGCUGUAGCGUUGUUUUAUAAAAGCUUAUUAUCAUUAUGUCCAGUUGGUAAAUUAGACCCUAGACAUCAAUCAGGGUCUGUAGACCUAAAUAAAUCUAGACCGGUGUCGAAAGCCAGUCAGGAAUAUUCUACAGACCGAAGAUUGUAUCCUUUAAACCAACCUGUGGAGAAAAUGGAGGGUCUGAUUCAAUGUUCCGGUGAAGCGAAGUAUACAGAAGAUUUACCUUCAAUUACACGUGAAGUGUUUGCAACAUAUGCCACAAGUGACGUGGCUAUAGCUGACAUAGAGUCGAUAGAUGCCCGCGAUGCUUUGAACUGUCCUGGGGUUAUCGCGUUUUACACUGCCGAUGAUAUUCCAGGACCUAAUAACUUCAUCCCAGUAGGUACAUUGAUUUUUGUUGCAAGUGAAGAAGUGUUGUGUAGUAAAAAAGUCAAAUAUUACAAUCAGCCUUUAGGCAUAAUAGUGGCUGAAACACGCAGCAUUGCUGAAAAGGCGGCCAAAAUGGUAAAAGUGAAAUACAGUAAUGUUAAAGAGCCUGUACUGGAUAUCAAAGUGGCCAAAAACGAUGCGUCAAGAUCUAAAUUGUUGCUACCGUUUCCUGCAAUAGAAAAAGGCUUUGAUGUUGCAAAGGUGAUCAAAACUGAAUACACAAUAUACGGCCAAUACCAUUUCUGUAUGGAGACGAUGACUUGCAUAACACGACCGACAGAAGAAGGAAUGGAAGUGUUUACAACGACUCAAUGGACGGAUGUUAUUCAGAAUAUGAUAUCACAGGCAUUGAAGAUUCAACUCAAUAAAAUUGACGUUCAUGUUCGUCGACUCGGCGGCGCCUUUGGUUUGAAGAUAUCGAGACCUACACAGCUAGCCAUUGCUUGUAGUCUUGUAACACAAAAGCUGAACAGACCAUGUCGUUUUAUACAGUCUUUAACGUCGUCCAUGAGAACUGUGGGAAAGAGAUUCCCUUGUUCAGCAAACUUUGAAGUCGGAGUAAAUAAAAAAGGGAAAGUACAAAACAUGAAGUGCGACAUCUACGAAGACAAUGGCUAUAUUAGUAGUGAAAUAGUAGCUCUACUUGGUUUUGAUUCAUAUAGUAACUGCUACGAUAGGCUCAGAUGGAGUUACAAAUGCUAUAACACCAAUACAGACAAUGCGAAAAAUACUUAUUGCAGAGCACCAGGAACAUUAGAGCAUAUUGCAAUGGCAGAAUGGAUUAUGGAACAGAUCUCAUACGAAAUGCAAUUAGACCCUUUAGAUGUAAGAUUUGCUAACGUAGAAGAAACAAAGUAUGGGGAAUAUAAAACAAUGGUUGAUAGUGUUAAAAGUAAAUCCGAUUAUGAUAACAGAAGAGCAGCUGUCGACAAGUUUAAUAAAGAAAACCGUUGGAAAAAACGUGGUUUGAGAUGGUCGUUUAUGAAAUGGAAUCCUUUGAGUCCUGCUUAUUUCGACGUGAAUCUCUCAGUAUAUCACGGAGAUGGAUCAGUCAUUAUCACUCAUGGAGGCGUCGAGAUGGGACAAGGCAUCAACACGAAAGCUGUUCAGAUUUGUGCUUAUUUACUAAAGAUACCAAUGGAUAAGAUUCAAAUAAAAGCAAGCAAUACUACAACAGCUCCGAAUGCUUUUUUGACAGGUAGUAGCAUUACAUCGCAGAAUAUCGGUAGAGGUGUAGAGAAGUGUUGUAAAGAGCUAUUGAAAAGAUUGGCGCCAAUUAGAAUUUUAUUGUUGAAUCCACCUUGGGAGAAAUUAAUCAAAAAAGCGUUUGCACUUAACAUAGAUUUGCAAGUUCAUGAAUUCAUUGGAGAGUUUGUGUCUCCAAUAUUUACUGCGGUUGGUGUGACUUUGGCAGAGGUUGAAGUAGAUGUCCUUACUGGAGAAUUUCAGCUGCUGAGAGUUGAUUUGUUGGAAGAUGUAGGGAGGAGCAUAAGCCCUGCUAUAGAUGUUGGUCAGGUGGAAGGUGCUUUCAUAAUGGGUAUGGGAUACUGGACCUGUGAGAAUCUGGUAUAUGCUAAGACUGGCGAACUCCUCACAGAUCGCUCCUGGAACUACCAUGUGCCUCAGGCUAGAGAUAUCCCCCAGGACUUCAGAGUCUAUUUCAAAGAAAAUUCGUAUAGCGGUGAUAUAGCUCUUGGAGCUAAAGUGACUGGUGAACCUCCGAUAUGCAUGGCAGUGGUGGUGCCCUUUGCAAUCAGAGAGGCCCUAUCUGCAGCUAGAACUGAAUCCGGCAUCCCUACUACUGAAUGGUUUCAUAUUGAUGGCCCAUAUACCUUGGAAAACAUUUGUAUAGCAGCCGCAACAAAAUACGAGCACUUGAAAUUCAAAUAAUUAAACCUAUUUGUUUCUCUAUUUCUGUUUGUUCAUGUCCUUGGUUACAACUUAACAAAACAGUAAGUUUAUUGUACAGCAGACAAAACUAACAUGACAUAGCUAACUAACAAGACAUAUUUUAUGUUGCUUACCUAUUAAAGUUAUGUAGAUUUGCUAGGAUAUUGAUAUCAUUUAAUCUUCAAGCCAGUAUGUACUAAAAGUUCUAUCAGAAUCAGCUUGAUACUUACGUACUUCAAAGCCUGAAAUUAGUAUUCAA